UUGCAAACCCUGAGGUCGAGAAGAGACUUACAAUGAUGACCUUCAAACCUCUCCUAGCACCGUUCACCGUCUCAAAUGAGUCGACAAACUCUCGGGGAAUACUUCAGCCCCCGCGAAACCUGCCGUUGAUAUCAGUAGCAAUUCGGGACAAUUUAACCCUGUCAACCUGGCUGCUCCUGGGCGGACUCUUCCAAGGGCUCGCCGUAAUCGUCUUCGGCACCUACGCCCUCAUCCCGACCAUGCUUAUCCUCCUAUACCGCACAACCGAGCACUUGCUCAUGGCUGCCAACAUAACCCGAAACCGCUACAUGGACGGUGUCAUCCAGACAAAAGUCUCCGCGCAAGCCCCCGAUGCAAACGGCAUCUUCGGAAAGGAAAUUGCCUCCGAGUCAAUUGUGGUCUUUCACCUCGGCACACGCUCAAACCACCCUCUCGGUAUCUUCGCUCCAGGCUUCGCCGAGGUGAACAAGAAAGUCAUAGCAAUGAACCGCGAGAUGAACUCCGACCCUGUCAAGUACGGCCUCCUCGGAGUCUCGACCUGGGGGAAGCAGGACGACUCCGCAGGUAAUGAGGUGAUGGCGAUUUACUAUCUCCGAGAUUACGAUGCGUUACAUCGGUUUGCGCAUGGCUCGCUCCAUGUGGAGGGCAUGAGGUGGUGGACGGAGAUCGUUAAGGAUCAUCCGCAUAUCGCAAUUUACCAUGAGACGUAUAUUGUGCCGAAGGGGAAGUGGGAAAAUAUUUAUAUCAACGCGAAACCGACAGGGAUGGGGGAUACGUGGUUUCCUGUUGUUGAGGAGGGGAAGAGCGACGAGGGUCGUGUGUCGCGGUUGGUGAGGCCAAUUGUGGAUGCAAAACAUCCCGCUCUGAGAUCUGCUGCCAGGAGGCUGGCGAUGCGUCAGUUGGAGGGGACUGAGAAGAGAGAGGAUGAGUUGUAUGAUCGGACGUGGUAGUUGUAUGGCUGGUGAGGUUGGUGCCUCAGGUCGACUGUUCUUGCCUUUCACGACUUAGCGAUGUACUCGAUCGGCACUCCGGUGUUAGAGCUAUUAAUGCCGAGUACCAUCCCACGAUAUUCCAUUAGGGGCUGGUAUUCUGCCGGUGAUGGGGAAGCCUAUUCAGAUAAAUACAUUCCUAGAGCAUCAUUUUUGCAAAUGUUAGUGCCAUGAUGAUACUAUGGUGCUGGAGGACUUGAAGCUCUUAAAGCAUAUAUGAAUUCGAGGAAUGCCCAAAUAGAUCAGUCAUUCGGAAACGGCCCCUGAGAAAAGGAUAAAGAACAACUAUCCACAUAAACCGAGUACAAUUUGAACCCAUGGAUUACAACGGGGAAGAAAGUUACCAUAAACUGUAGAGACGAUGAUAUCACUGUGCUAUCAGCUGAAACGUUUCGAAGGGGGGAGGUGUGGAACCAGAAAAGCUCCGACUCAGCAUACUGCCAUUCUUCAAGCUCUGCGGAACCCAUGGCGGGUCUAGGUCCAGAAUUGACUUCAACGUCCCAGGCUGCGAGACGCAAGACACAGAAAGCGAUCUAAAGCCACGGUUUAUGUAUCCCCAAUUAGGCGGGUCAAGGUACUCAUCCCAUCUGAAGAAAAAGUCAUAAACACCCGCUUCUGUAGCUCAUUGAUGACAGUCGGAAUACCAAACUUCAACUGCAAUCUUUCUAGAUUAAGUCGCUGCAAAUAGAGCUCG